AUGGGUGAACUGCUCGAGAAAAGUUGUGUCGCAUGCGGAUGGACACAUGACAAAGAAAAGCGGUGCCAUUAUACAAGCCACAUCAAACUCUUUUACGGCGCAUCUACACGGGGUGUGUGGUCCAUCGGAUCAGAUGUGAUUCUGAAAGACCGGCCCGACGAGGGUCCAAAAGCAAAAGUUGAAGUUAAAACAUUGAACUAUUUAGCGACCCAUACCGACAUUCCUAUCCCGAAGGUCUUACGUGACUGGGUUGAUCGAGAUGGGCGGUACUUCGUUUUGAACGAACGCAUCGGUGGUCAGACGCUCGAGGAGGCAUGGACUUCUCUAUCAGAGCCCCAAAAAAUAGAUGUCGCGGACCAAGUCGUGAAAGUGAGAAAGCGGCUUCGAUCCGUCACGUCAACCUCUAUUCAGUGUGUCGAUCAAAGCCCAUGCUAUCCAGGCUUAUUAUUUUUCGAUCUUGAGGCCCGUGGACCGUUUCACUCUGACCAAGAGCUCUGGGAUGCUCUGGCCCUUCACCUUCGCCACCUCCCUCAGCAAGUUUUGGAGAACUUGAAGAAGCGCCUACCGAAGUGUGAACCCUACGUGCUGACUCAUUGCGAUCUCAACUUGGGCAACAUCAUGGUCCAGGACGGAAAGGUUGUCGGCAUACUUGACUGGGAAUACGCUGCCUUCUUCCCUAUUUGGUAUGAGUAUGUUUCGGCCUCUUUUGGAUUUACAGACAUGGAUGUGGAAUGGAAAAAGUUACUCCGAGAGCGAUUGCAGGUACAUGGCGAGGCGCACGAAAAUGCAAAGGCAUUCUGGACGGAUAUGCGUAAUGUACGACAGUACCCAAAUCUGGACGAGAAAGGUCAAGAAACCUUUGAGAGACUGUCCUAG